AUGCAGAUAAUACUCAAGAGGAAGACAUUCUUCACAAUAAAGCCACGACCGACUCCUCCGGCGUGUCUUCUCGACAGUGCGUUAGGCGAACACCGCUUCGUUCAGACAAAGAAUGUAAAACUGCAUUACGUUUGUAAGGGUGACCCACAGAAGCCGUUAAUGCUAUUCCUUCACGGAUUUCCUGAAGUUUGGUAUUCAUGGAGAAAACAAUUGCCAGAAUUUUCUAAAAAUUAUUAUACGGUUGCACUCAGUUUGAGGGGUUAUGGAGAUUCUGACAAACCCGAGGGUAUUAUCAUUAGUGUGGCAAACUAUGCGGUCGACAAACUGGUGGACGACGUGAGAGAUGUGGUGCACGCGUUGGGCAAAGAGAAGUGCAUUCUUGUGUCGCACGAUUGGGGCGGACUCGUCGGCUGGACGACAGCCGCUCAAUAUCCCGAACUCGUCGACAAGUUUAUUGUAUGCAAUGCACCGCAAAUCAAACAUUUUAUGAACGCAAUCGAGUCUAAUUGGAAACAAUUUUUUGCAUCAUGGUAUAUCUACUUUUUCAACCUGCCAUUCCUGCCUGAGUUGCGAUUCCGAUGCAAUGACUUACAAGUGUUUGACUAUAUAUUCAAAAAGCUGGGCACUAAAGAGGACGUCGAGGCGUAUAAAUACUAUUUCUGUAGACCGGGUGCUCUCACGGCUCCCAUUAACUACUAUCGCGCUCUACAGCGUUGUUAUGGCGCCGACUAUUUGGACAAAAUUAAGAAUAAAAGGAUUACUUCUCCAACACUUGUGUUGUGGGGAAGGGAUGACAUCGCACUCACCGAAGGACUCGCGGCCGACAGUUGCAAAUCAUGCGACAACUAUACCAUCAAAAUGAUAGACAAUUGCUCUCAUUGGACACCUUUUGAUAAACCAGAUAUCGUUAACAAAUACAUCCAUGAAUUCUUGGAUGAAACCAAAUAAUCCAAUCUAUGAUAACACAUAUUUUACAGCA